AAACAGUUACUGCCAUUGCUGGCCUUCGUUGGAGCUGCUUGUACCGGUGGAGCCAGUUUCGUGAUAUAUUCACUCUAUCAAAAGCCUGAUGUCAGACUGGUGAAGUCAUCCGAGCUGCCUCCGUGGGAAAGAGUUGACCCAACAAAGCCCCAAAAACUGUUCACCAUCAAUGGAAAAUAUGUCCCAAUCCCUGAGUUGGAAGCUCUCAAGAAAGAAAUUGGAAGCUACAAGACAUAA